AUGGACUACGAAGAAGGUGAAAUAAUGAAUUGCUCACCUAUAUCCACUUCGACUUCGACAUUCACAACUCAUACUGCACUUAGUCCGACUUCUUCUACCGAGGUUGAGGAUAUUCUGCUGGUUUCACGAGGUUCUGACAACAGACAACCACCUUCAAAAUCAACGCAAAAGAUAUAUCCUUCGCCACUAUCCCUCCUAGUUCCUCAAUCGUCUGCACAGGGUAUGAGAGAGGGACAUAGACCAGAGGACAACAUGACAAGACGAGAUCUAUUAUCGCCUCAUCAAUCACAAGCCUACUCUGAUCACCCUUCCCUAUUGUACCCAGAUCGGACCUUCCGGCGAGUGUCUAAUACUACAUCCCGAUCAUCAUUCCCUCUGGAAGAGUUGAGAGAGAUCCUCAGCAUGCCUAUGCCAAUGGUGGAAAGAUGCAUAUCGAUAUGGGAAUUGUACGAGAGUCGAUCGGAUAUCGAUAUGGAGAUCAGUAGAAUUCAGGAGGCCCACCAUAAGCAGUUAUCGGUUAUACAAAAACGAUUCGACGAUCGAAGUUUGAAAAUUCGAGAUGAGCUUGUCAAUCUUCGUAAGAAUCUGGAAACGUCCCAGUCAAAACUUCAAAAAGAGACAGAGGAACAUCAAAACACCAAGGAAACCAAGAAUCACCUGAUGAUCAGAAUUGAUGGUUUAACCGAAGUGAUCAGAUAUUUGAAAAAGGAGAAAACCGAAGAAAAUCAGAAGAACUUGAACGUCCAUUCCGAUUUACGAGAACAGUUGAGGAUGAAAAUCAAUCAUAUCACCGAGAUGGGCCAUCAAAUCUCUCAAUUACAAACAGAUAAAAGGAUGCUGAAUGCACAGGUCCUCGGUAUCACAUUGUCGAUUGACAAUAGCCAUCAAUUGAAGAUCAACGAGUUGAAUGGUAAAUUAGAAGAAGAGAAAAAGAAAGACAAAUCGGUGUUGAAACAUCUUCAGCAGAUUGCUCAAUUAAAUAGAGAUCAACAAUUGUUGAAGAGGGAAGUGUCAAAGCUAGAAGUAAGCCUUGAGCAAGAGAAGGCUCGAGGUGAUAUAUUAGACAAAGAGCUGGAGACUUCCAAUAGAAGCAGAAUUGAAUCAGGAGAAAGGGCUGAGAAAGCGAUCUUGUCUUGCGAGGAGAUUAAGCAGGAAUUAUGCGAAGUCAAAGCUGAAUUGUGUGAACGUACCAAAAGCUUGGAAGGAAAGGAGAAACAGCUGACUGAUCUUGGUAUAACCAAAGAUCGAUUGGUAAGGGAGUUGGUACAGACACAAACAAUGGCAAACAAGCGACUAGAAGUGGAGAAAAACAAUCUCACUCAACAAUUCCAAGUGGGGAUCAACGAACUGCGAAGCCAGUUGGAGAGGUUAACGGUAGAGAAAGGGAUCAUCAAUAGUUCGUUGACAACAGUCCAGAGCCAGCUGCGAACUUGUCAAUCCAAUUUGUCAGAGCAGGAAGAGGAGAAUAGGGAGCUGAAGAUGAAGAUUCAAGAUCUGGAUAAGGAUAUUACAGAUAAGACCAAGAGGGAGAAGGAUUGGCAAGGGAAAAUGAAGAGGUUGAAGGUAUUGAAUGCCGACGUAGAGAAUCUUAAUGAAGAGGUAUCCAAUCUAAAAGGACAAUUGACUAAACAGACAAUUCCUCCGGAAAAGACAAUCCCCCUCGCUGUGCGAAAAUCACCUAGUUCUGGAUACGAUUCCAAAUCAGUCAGCAAGGAAUACAGACUUACCUCUAUCGUUUCGAACUCAAACUCGUUAUUAAGAGCUUCGUCCCCUCUCUCGAGCGCUCCUCCAUCCCCAGACCCAACUACUCCUCGAUCGAUACACAACUCGGAUUCGGCGAAGACGUUGGCUAAGGAGAGAUCAACGAUUGUAUCGGAAUUGGCGUGCGACGAUCACGAACAGCGAAGAUUGGUAGUGAUCAGUCGAUCAAAGCUUGAUGAAUUGAGAAAACAACUGCAAGCAGCGAAAUUAGAAAAUGAGAGGUCGAAGGAAAAUAAGAACUCAACAGAUGGGAAGGAUCUUGACAGUCAUGGAAUUGCGACUCCGUCCCCAAAAUCAGAGAUAUCUUCGACAUCGAGAAUUCUUCCACCGAAUCGCAAUCAUUACUGCUUCACUGAUAAGUGGUCAAAAGAGAUGAGAGAAGAACCCGAUUGGAAGAAAAGAUACAAGAUGCAGCUAAGAGAGUUGGUUGGAAUUGUGGAGGGGAAGAGGAAUGAGGUAGUUCUCAAUAUCCUCAAACGACCAAGACAAGUAGCCGAGGUCAAGACCAAGACCAACAAUUGA